AUGGGAAUCUCUUGGCAGAUAGCUGGAGCUCCUUUUCUGUCCGGCCAGCUCCCAACUCCGCUGCGUAACCCGCGCGUAACGUUGCUAAGAGGCGGCUCCGCGCUGCUCCCGCCUGCCGCGGGGCGGUGCUGGGACCGAGACAGAGUCUGCGGCAGGGUCCCGGCAGCCGCCCGCUGCCCCGCACUCGGCGGCGGGAUGGGGCUGCGCUGGGCGCUCCUCGCUGCGCUCCUCCACGCCGCGGGCGGCCGGACAGAAGUGAGUGCGGGGGGGGGCCGGGGGCGGCCGCCGCCGCUUCUUGGACCUUCGUACCGGUUGCAAAGCCGGGGCGAACCCGGCAUCGUGGGCACUGCGGGCGUCGUUGACUAUUCACUGCCUUAUACACCAGAGUCUGCACAAUGCAAAGAUCCCAACACUGAAUUCUAUGAAGAACUACUUAAUAAAUGUUGCAGCCAGUGCCCUCCAGGUCAAUAUAAGACAGAGAGCUGCAGUCACGCUGUGGACACAAAGUGCAGUCCCUGUAGACCUAACACAUAUACAGAAAUCUGGAAUCUGUCUCCUCAGUGCUUUGCGUGCUCACCACCCUGCAGGAAAGGAUUUGUGCAGAAUCAAACAUGCACUCCAUCACAGGACAGAAUCUGUAGCUGCUCACCCAAUGAGUAUUGCAUUUCAAAAAUAUACAAGUACUGCAGAAUAUGUAAAGUGCAUAAAAAAUGUGGAAAAGGUUACCGGGUUUCCAGGAGAGGGACAGACAGCACAGACACAGAAUGUAAACCUUGUCCUCCUGGCACUUUUUCACAUGAGGAAUCUUAUGAUACCAGCUGUGUACCACAUAAAGUUUGCAAAUCAGUGGCUGUUCCUGGAAACAGCAUAAAUGACACUGUUUGCAGGGACUCGGGAACAGCAGUUGCCACAGUUCUACCUAACACUGUUUUGAACCUGCUCCUGACUCAGAGCUCAGCUUCUAACAGACCUGAAAUAAUAACUCGACCUGUCACUUUAAACUCUGCAUCUGACAAUUCUCACAUCAUCGGAUCAGUAGCAGGCCCAUUGUUAUUGUUCCUGAUAAUCAGUAUUCUGGGGUAUUGCUUAGUCUCCAAAAAAAAAGCUCCUGUAUUCUCUCCACCAGCCACAGAAGCAGAUUUGCCUUUUUCCCCCACAGAAAAGCAGUGUGACAAAAAAGUGAGAAAUACAGGAUCGCAAAACUCCAGCAGUUCCGAACAUGACGAACAGCAUCUCCUGCGAACUUCUGGGUCCAGCAGCAGCUUCCUGAAUAAUCCAACUGGAUCUGCAAGAAUCAGUGUAAUAAGUAACAAGAACAAUGAAAAGAAAAAAACAGAAGGAUUUCAGCAGCAACAUUCAGCUGCAGAAGGAUGUAAGUGUCACAGCAGAGACAGACACAACUCUGCGAGUUCAGGGCAUUCUGGUAACGGAGGAACGCAGGUGAAUGUGACUUGUAUUGUUAAAGUAUGCAGUCCAGACUGCAGUUCCCAGUUCCCAGAACAGACUAGUUCAACUAGCAUGGAUUAUGGAAACGCUCCCUAUUAUUCCCCAACAGGGGAAGAAACUCCCCUUUCAAGAGAAGAACACCUCUUAAACAAAGAAACUGAAAUUCAGACCUCAGUGGAAAAUGAGGACAAUUUACUUCAAGGCUCACUGCCAGAGGAAAAGAAGUUUCCUCUGGGUAUUGAAGAUGAGGGGAUGAAAACCAGUUAAAGGAAAUUACAGAUCAUACUGACUGACUUACAACAUUCACCAAACAGCCCCUUAUCUUCCAGAAUAAUCAUUAUGUUAAAUGUAGCAUUCCUACAGAGACCUGACAUUUCAGAUGAAUAUAGACACUGAGGUUUGGAGUUUUUUAGUCUCUUUUGUCAGCUUUGCGAGUUGAAGGAUGAUCUUUGCAGUUUAAAAAACUUGAAUGCUUUUUCUUUUAAACUGAAUGGCCAACUCCUCCCCUUCUUCUGUGACACUCUAGAGAGACCUUUACCAGAUUUGAAAAGGAAUAUUUUUUUUCUAGCUUUAUGCUGUUGAUUUUUCUCCUGAGACUCUUUGUGAUGAUGACCUGGGUUCAGGUAUGCCACCUGGCAAGAACAUGGCUGUGACCAGCACUUCUAAGAGACUGGAGUUAAACUUUCAUGCAAUGCUAAUGAAUUCUUCAUUUGACUUUAAUUUUAAAACUCUUGCAUUCAAUUUCUUGCAUUCAAUUUCCUGCAUUCAAUUUCCUGUCCCAUAUCUUCAUGGACAUAUUGGCCCUCAUCAUCCUGGAUAUUUCUUUUAUUAUUACAGUUUGCUUUUGCUCAUUAUUGGACCAAACUUCAAAUCAACCUUAAGUGUAUAAAGGAGUGAAAUCUUUUACAGGACCUUUUUUUUACUAGAUUACAACUAUUAUGUCUGAACAAUGGCAUUUCAUUAGCUGUACAGUUUAUUUUAGAAUAGAAAAUCUAGAUUAAAUAGUUGUAUCUUGGAGUAAGAAGUAAGUUCCUUUUACUGACAGCUCUAAAGUUUAUCAUCUUUGUGUCCUGGCUGAUUUAAUGUGGUUCCUUGGUUGAUUCUGACCUCAUUUUUGAGGUUAACCGUAAACCCAAAAUAUUUUUCCCUGUGUUCCAGUGAAUAUUAGAGAAGACCCAUGCAAAUACGUAUGCCACAUAGCUCACACCUGUUGACCUCAGGAAAAGAACUCUUGAUGAUGGCAUAGUAUCAUCUGUAAAAAGUGGGAUUGACUCAAACCUCGGAACCAGAAAAUCCUGUUCUCUUCUUGCAUGACGCUGAAGAUCCAACCACCUCUUACAGGAAGUUAUUAAGGUUCUCCUUGAAUCAAGUGGGAGUCUUUUGGUUUUGGAAGUAAAUUUUCAGGAUCCCAAUUCCCAUAAUUAUAUAUUACAGCUAUGACCUACCCAACAAUUGUGGCAUCAGUAUUCAACCAGAAUUUGCAGUUUGGCUUUGCAAUGUCUGAAUUACAUUGGAGUGAAGUCAUACAGUGGGCAUAACUUUUUUUUCUUUUAUGCCAUAAACUCUACUGUUGGACUAGAUGAUCACUGUACUUCCAACUGAACUAUUCUACCUCAAGAGGAACUAAAUGCAGUACUUAUUGCUGAGGCCUUAGACUGGAAAAGGGCAUUUUAGAAUAGCAUUUAUUCUACAGCUACAGAAGAGAUGCAGGUUUUAAAAAUACAAAUGUUAAACUUCCAAAACACCUAUGAGUUUUAUUAACAUUACUGCUGGAACUGAGAACUGGCAAACAGGUCUUUAAUUCUACUGUGAAGAAACCUUUUACAACUGUAUAUUGAACUUGAAUGGAAUAUUCAGAAAAGACUUUGAAAAUGGGCACACUGAAACUAUUACAAAACUGAAGGAUUUAGGCAAGAACCAAACAGCGCUUUGGGUCUCUUGCACUGUGCUGAGUAUUCUCAUGUCUUGUCAUCUUCCAGUAUUAGGACCACACUGAAGAAGCAGUGGAAGAUAUUUUUAAAAACGUUCAAAAGGAGGAUCCUGUUACAGCAGUUAAUUACUGGGUUUUCAAAUUAUGGAGCUGUGUUACAGAAGGAAAAUCUAAGUUUUAUGUUGAAAUAGGAAAAAUGUGCUUGCAUCUGCUUAUAAAAAAUAAAAGGCUGCAUUUUUGUCAUUAUGUGUGCCUUUAAGUUUUCUGACGUCUUCAUUAAACUGAAGGAGGUUGUAGUGAGGUGGGUGUGGGUCUCUUCUCUCGGGUAACAAGGACAAGUGGAAACAGCUCAAGCUGCACCAGGGGAGGUUUAGAUGGAGAUGAGGAACAAUUCCUUCCCCAGAGUCACCGUCCCUGCAAGUGUUCACACACUGUGUAGACGAGGCCCUCAGUGACAUGGGUUAGUGGUGGCCUUGGCAGUGCUGGGCAACGGUCGCACUCGAUGAUCUUAACGGCCCAACCCUGUUGAUUCUGUGAUUCUAUUCUAGAACGGGUUCUUCUGCACAAAUUAAGUUGCUCCGUGCCCAACGACUCUAUUUGAUCAUUCGAUGGCCUCAUCACGAGAGGGCUGACCCGCUGCGGUGUGCGC